ACUAACAAAAACGAUAAAGACAAGCGAACCCUUGAAACUGUUUAACCGAUAGACUGUCGCAUUCGUCUAACUUGUCCGAUACACUUCACCAGUUAAACAACGAGACGACGACAUCUUCACUGAGCUUUUACUUGUCAACAUUCGACAUAAAAACGUCAUCAUGUUUUGAAUGCGUGCAGUUGGAUACAACUAAGAAUACUUGCAGCAUUAAUAUUUAAAUAAGUGAAUUAAAAUUAUUAAUAUUAAAAUAUCAUCAUGUCGUAUGUGAAUGAGUGUAAAGGUAGAAGUAAAUUAUUGGAAGGAUACCUAGAACAAAAAUCUCAGGACGGCAAGUGGAGAGCGUAUUGGUGUGUUCUAAGGGGAUCAACCAUAUUCAUAUUCACAUCUCCUGAAACCAUACAGGAUAAUCAUAAGGGAACGUUAGAGAUCAACAACGACACAAGAUUUAUUGUUGGUGAUUCAGACUUGAAGAAAGAGUCUUUCAGAUUUGAUCUACGGACCACCAAACAUUUUAACAAAUUUAAAUGCAAGAAAUUUUCUGAGCGUGAACUAUGGCGAGCGUAUAUAAUUGGAAUAUCCACGGGUUCAAUACCAGAUGAUCUUGAUUUAAUGAAGGGCCAGAUUUGUAUGAUUAGAGAUGAAAUAGAACAGUUUCACCAAAACAGAAAUCAGCCAUUGUUGCCUAGACGACGGCUUGAAAGUGACAGUUCUCCCUCUCCCUCUGGUGGGAGUGUAAACUCCGGCUUCUCUAAUCCCGAAGAUAGUAUAGACGAAAAAUUCGCUGUUUAUCUAGAAAUGAAUAACCCAAGUAAUGGUGGACCGUUUAUGCGGCAUAAAUUUUGGAAUGAACAUGAUCGGACAGAUGUUCCUAGUUGGUUUUUUGUGAACUGUACGCGUGAACUUGCAGAGAAGAUUUUGAAGAAAAAUCCUGAGUUUGGUAAUACGUUGAUGAGAGAAAGCUGUAGCUAUCGGGGGAACGGAAGUUACACCAUUACUAAACACGUAAAUAUUGGAGGGGAUUCAUUGGUACAUUUUGAAGUAAUAAGAGUUGCCGCUGGUUACAAGAUCAAUGCUGAGAAUGCACCACAAGUAUCCACCUGUUUGUCUGAUGUCAUGUCACAUUUUGUUCACCUGUCUGGAGCACAAGCUACCAAACUCUUCCUGACAAAUAACCUGAAAAAAUUAGGACUAGAUAAUCCCGACUAUCAAACAAAGAUUGUUACCCAACGACCAGUAGAUAAAGAAAGUGGAGAAGAAGAAGGUGAUUCAUAUGAAGAACCACUUCCAGCAAUUGAUGGUAACAAAACUUUACCCAACAGACUAGACCUGUCAACUUUCCAAGUUUAUAAGGGUUCAAGGACAACAGCCGGGAGAGACAAACAGAAUCGGCCAGGUUUAACUCAUGUAUCCCAGGGUUCUCACACUGCAGGCGCUUUAGAUAAGCUAGACACGGCUAUAGACUAUCACAAUAGAGUGGCCACAGAUAGAAAAAGGAAUUCAGAAUAUCCAGAUAAUAUGAAAUAUUUAUCACCAGUUUCACCACCAAUUUCUCCAACAGAUGAUUUCCCUGAAAAUAUUGUAAGGAAAACUGGAAGAUCUAAAUCGGUUCCACAUGUAGUGUUCGAUCCAAGUCUGGAACAAAAAGUGCCUCAACAAAAUCCUGGUGUACAGCGUCGUGCGUCUACUAAUCGUGGAUCAGCUGUGCCACAACAGUAUGAUGAUGAUAAUCCUUACAACCCAAGGCGUCGACCUCAACAACACCUUGAUUACUCCUACAACCCUCAACAACCAGAUGAUGUUAAUCCUUAUAAUACCAGGGAGUCAGAUCCUUACAGCAGUAGGGAUAGAAAAGAAAGCACAGGGUCAAAUCCUUACAACAGUAGGGAUAGAAAAGAAAGCACAGGGUCAAAUCCUUACAUCAGUAGGGAUAGAAAAGAGAGCACAGGGUCAAAUCCUUACAACAGUAGGGAUAGAAAAGUCAGCACAGAUUCAAAUCCUUAUAUCAGUAGGGAUAGGAAAGUCAGCACAGAUUCAAAUCCUUAUAUCAGUAAGGAACGCAAGCACAGCAGCGAUAGAAAAGACAGCACAGGUUCAAAUUCAUACAGUCCAAGAAUCCAUCAACAAAUCGAGGAAUCAAGUCCUUACCAAACCAGGCCUUACAAUCCAGGAGAUCAACAGGAAGGUCAGGUUUACGUAAACCUUCCACCCAUGGGUUCCGCCGGAAAUACAUCUUGUGAUUCUCGUCCAUCAGGGAACACACCCCGUCCUGUCUCUGCUGCAUCCAACAAUUCCACCCUGAAUCUGAAUGAUAUUCAGAGUCAACUGGCCAGUUUGAAACCUACUGGGAUUAAAAUAGUAGUCGAUAGCCCAUCACGAACACCAGAUGCUCUACCAUCACCACCUAAAGCUCAUUCACCACCACCAGUUGCUCCUAAAACUAAAGCAAAACCCCAAAGCACAACUAAACUAACAAAUCCGAGAAUAAAGCUGCAAACAAUGUCAACUAAUCACCUAGAGGAUUUAUACGAAAACUUAGAAGAUUACCCAUCUAACAAAGCUAACGCACAUAACCAAAACUUCUUUAACCAUGGUGAUGGUAGUCAUAGUAAUAGUUACACUGAGGGCAGUGUUUAUGAGGAUGCUCAAAGUCAUGCUUAUGUGCCUGCAGGUGAAGAUGAUAAUGAGACUCUAGUGUCGUCUGGAUCCAGUAAAGAUAUCAACAGUAAUAUUACAUCCAAACCAGAAACAUGUGUACCCAGUACUGAUCGGACAUUCAUUAAAAAUAAACUGGAGAUGUGUUUUGGAGGUGGAUUGAAACCAGAUACAAGAGUUAUAACAAAAGUCAAGAGUGCUCCUAACUUACCGCUACCCGAGAUUCCACAUGAUGACCCUUAUCCAGAGAACGAUUCUUUAUAUGAGGAAAUUCCUGCAAAUCAAUACAACUUUUAACGGGAUAGAAAUUGUUAAAUUAUAUUACGAACUGAUUGGCUGAUUUGAUAGAAUUCAUCCACUGCAUUUUUUUUUUACUAUAAAUCUGCGAUUACAGUUGCUGUGCUCAUUUGCAUUUUUUUGAAAAUAUCAAAUUUUUCCAUGUGACCUAAUCCACGCUAAAAUGUACUCAAAAUUGAUGGUUGAACAUUUGAUCAAGGAAACAAAAUAUAAACAUUGACUUGGAUUCAGAGAGAUGUUGGACAGGCGACCCUACUCCUUGUCACGUACAACCGGGGAUCGAAACCACGCCAGUCGACUCAAUGACAGACCGUAUGAUACAGCGCGCGUGCUAACCAUUCGGCCACCCAACCCCCCAGGCUUGGAUUCAAUCGGAUAAAAAUGAGGCUCAUCAAAAGUUGGCGUUGCUGACUUGUGUUGUAUAUUAUAUAUACCGUUUGCAGGGAAUGUAGAAUGUGAACAACAUUUCAAUUCAUCCCAUCUUUGUAAAUAAUGAACAAAAUUGAGACAUUUGCGGACUGAUAUUUUGUUUAAAGAUUCCACGUUAACAAUCACUCAAAUGAGGUUCUUGAAAGACAUCAAUCUAUAAAGGUACCCAAAACAUCUUUGCAACAGAUUAACAAUCAUUAACAAGACGUUCGCGAACGACAUCAAUCUAUAAAGGUAGAAGAUAAAAUCAGGGAUGUGACGGCCAGUUAUCCCUGUUUAGCAGCAGUGACUAGUUUCGUUUGUACUCUUCACACUGAUUCUAAGAUUAAAAACUUUUCAAUCGCACAGUGUCAAUGACAAAAACUCAACUUUGACAUCCCCCAUUUAAUUUCUUUGUUAUACAAUCUAUAAAGGUACCGAAAACAUCUUGAGAGAUAGCCAUGGAAUUUAUCUGUUGCUCAGUUUCAUCGAAUUCUUCCAUUGAACUGUGUAUUUUAACUUUGCCUCCUGAUUCGGUGAUUUUCAUGAAAUUGUAAAAACAUUGUGUGAUCUAAUAUUAUAAUAACAGACAACUUUAUGGAUAACGUUCACAAGGUUUAUUAAGUACAACGAUUCAAUGAGAGUAGUACUCUCACCAUUAUCGAUAAAUAGAAAACAGUUUGUCAUUUUCUAUAAAGUAACAAUCGACUGAUUUUUGUUGAUAAUUCUCCUUGGAUUAAAUAGUGUGAAAUCUAUGUGUUGGAAACUUAUUGCUGCAAAAUUUUACAGAGCGUUUUAGCCUAGAGUCGAACGAGAUACAGCGAAGGAUGUGUAGAUAAACAAAGGGAUUUUUUGUUAUGAUUGGAGCGCAAAAUGGAUAGUGAUUGAUCAUUGAUCGAAUGAGUAUACACAUCGUUUAAAUUAAAUGGAAUAUACAAUAACUUUUGUUGAUACAUGUACCCGAUGUGACAGUAUCCAAGGUGAUUUUAAAAACGUAACCAAGGUGACAUUAACGUUAGCACAGUGGCGUCAGAUUUUAUAAAUAGAAAAAUUAAAGAUUUAUAUAUAUUAAAUGAAUAGAAAUAUAUAUUUUUAAAAUAUACCGUAUAACGAAAUAAUAUCCGUGUGUAAAUAUUUAGCAUAUCUGUGAUUUCUGUGUUGUAGACUACGAUUAUAGUCUUUUUGUAUAUAAAAUACAUUUUAUAUAAUUGAUAGAUAAAAUAUUAUUUUUAUAUUAUUUUAGACUGGAUCACCCCAGAGCAACUUACUUAUCAGUACCCUGUUGCAAAUGAAAGUUUGCCUGAACUUCGCAGGUAAAUUUUGGCUGGAGUGAUCGUGACUUCUGGUAUAUUGUUUCUAUUCAUAAAUUUACAGGACUUGUAGUAUCAUUAGAUAUCUACGAUUUUAUCUAUAUUUAGAUUUAAUGCAUUUCAUUAGAAAAAAGAAUAAUUGGAAACGAAUCAUCACUCAUAUUUUUGUAAAAUUAGAUAUUAAAUUAUAUGUUAUUUUAGAUAUUAUUAUCAUUUUGUAUUAAUUUGUUAAAUGUCAUUUUGUUAUUGUUUGUUGUAGUAUUAUUAUAAUAUUUAAAAAUUUUUAUUUUUAUCAAAUCAUCAUUCCAGCUUGCUAUCACUAGUGAUGGGCAGGGUCGGGUUAAGCUUGCAUGAAGCUCCUGGCGCAAAAUGUCACUGGGUUCCUAGCAUCGACAGUGAAUAGGGGGCAUAUUCUGAUCAUUUUCAGUAUGGUAAAUAGAUAGAUUUAUUUGGCACAAACAUAUUGUACAAAAAUUUUGUUAUAACUAAUAUGGGACUGCCUUUAAUAUUGGGGUCCCUGACUGCAGCCCCCCUCACCAUAAUCCAGCCUUGAGGCUUGUUUCACAAAAUUUUAACUAAGAUACAAUCCAAAUUUUAGUAAUUUGAUUGGAUAAUAUUAGAUUGAUUUUAGUGCUUAGCCAAUCAAAAUUGAAGUAUCUACUAAAGUUUGGGUUUUAUCUUUAGUUAAAAUUUCGUGAAACUGGGCCCUGAUGAUGGGUACUCUUACCCGUUCACAAUAAAACCCAACGGACAUUUAUAGUAGGCCUACACAUUAUUGUAUAAUGUCAAUUUAAUAUAUAUUUAAUAAUGAUCAAUUUAAAGAUAAUUCAGGUUUGUCAAGUGUGUUUACCAGUAAUUCAAUCCAAAAGUCUACUUAGAUAAACAUUUAUACAAAAGAUAUGAAAUAAGCUAUUCACACCAAAUUGAAUUAUACAUGAAUAUAAUCUAUUAAUGCAAUGUAUGCACACACGUGGAGCUUUAACAAGGAAGUGUUAUGACUUCCACGGCUCUAUCCAUAUGAAUAUUUUAUUGAACUCAAGUAUUAUUGACAUUUAUUGAAAUACAAUAACAUUAAAUAUAAAUUUGAUAAUUACGGGAGAUUUGUAAAGACCGUGAUAUGAAUAUAUUAAUCUCUAUAUUAUUGGCAUUAUUAUUCAAGUACAAUUAAAGAAGAUUUUUGACAGCCAGUAGUUGCACGAUUUGUUUGUCAAAUAUCCUCUUUACAUAAUGAUAUUAUUAACAAUUAACAAGGAUUUACAUACUACAACUGGUCUAAAAAUAUGUUGUUUAUUUGGAAUAACAAGUCCUUGACCUGUUAUAAGUGUGUAUUAUUCAAUACACAAUAUUAUAAUACUCCUUAAAUCUAUUUAUAUAGUAUUAGUAAUUUAAAGGUAAUAAUUGAAAUGAAAUGGGGUUUAACGUCCUACUGUUCUGCUCCGACUGGGCUAAUGAAGACUGGUAUACACCAUACAGUGUGCUUUGAGAGAAAUUUUUCCCGGUAUCUUUUACGUACACGCCAAUGUGUACAUGGGACCUCGUUUAUAUAUGUAAAUGUAUGUAAUCUAAUAAUGUUAAAUAUAUACAUAGUUACAAUAUAUUCACAACAAUAUUAUAUAAACUCACA